AUGGCGGCAGGUUGUCGGUCUGCGUUCCCCCAGAGAUGGACGCUGGCCAUCAUGGGUUUUGGGGCCAUGUUUUGGGUGUCUGCCAUGCGGGACCAGCUGGGCAUUGCCAUCGUCUGUAUGGUUAAGGGAGAGGGCGUUCUGACAUAUCCUUGGCACAACACCACAUCGUCUCCUUCCAAUUCAACUGUCUCCCAUGAAACGGAGGCUGUGUAUAAAGAGAGCGACGGCCUUCCCUGGAACAAGACGGAGCAGUCUCUCAUUCUCGCCAUGUUUUUCGCGGGGUUCUUCUCGAGCACGUUCCUGGGUAUCUGGUACUUGAAGCACGACGUCAUCAGGUACUAUGUGGGCGGCGGCCUGAUGCUCGCAGGCGUGGCGACCAUCAUCAUCCCGUACUGCCUGACGCUGGAGCACCGCCUCAUAUACGCCCUGAGGCUCAUCGCUGGCUUAGGCGGGGUAGGCGAUCUUGUUUCCAGGGAUCCAGAGUAUGUGGGCAAGUGGGCGCCCCGGAAUGAACUGGCCACGCUGACCACCAUCAGCGCCAGCGGUGCGGGAGGCCUCAUCUGGUUCGUUCUGUGGCAGUUGUUUACCGCCAACAACCCCGCCAGCGACCCCCGUAUCUCCCGUCGGGAGCGCGAAUACAUCGUGGCCAACAUCGACGUCUCAUACGAAGAGAAUGUUGCAAUCCCUUGGCGAGCAAUCCUGACGUCCAAGCCGGUGAUUGGUUGUCUGGUGAUCCACAUGGUUUCCGAUUGGGUGGACUACAGUUUAACCACAAGUGGCCCCACCUACAUGCAUGAAGUCCUGCAUCUCAACAUAUAUGAGAAUGGGUUGCUGUCGUCCGUCCCACACCUCGCGAGGGGAAUGGCCACGGUCCUGGUUGGUUUGCUGGCGGACUUGCUGGUCAAGCGGAAAAUCCUCUCUGUAUACUGGACUCGGGUCAUCUUCCAGACGCUGUCUAAUGUUGGUUCGGCCGUGUUCCUGGUGUGUCUGGGUUUCGUGUCGGCCGACCAGCGUGCCCUCGCCGUCUUCUUCUUCACUGCAGUCAUGUGCAUGCAGGCUUUCGCCGAGUCCGCCUAUCAAAUCAAUGAAGUUGAAAUAGCGCCAAAAUUCGCGGGGACCAUCACCAGUAUGGGAAACAGUCUCAGCGGAGUGGCGGGAGUGCUGGCGCCCAUCAUCACGGGUGCCAUGACGCCAAAUAAAACCCAGGAGGAAUGGAGGAACAGCUUCAUGGUGAUCGUGGGUCUUUGUGCGGUCAGUCUCGUCGUGUACCUGGCCUUCCUGAGGGUGACGGUCCAGCCCUGGGCCAAAGAAACAAAGAAGAAACCCACCGUUGCCCACGUUGUCAACUUCGGUACAGAGGCAGACGACUCGAAACAAGGACAAUAG